UUUAUUACUUUAUUUGUGUUUGCGGCAGGCAGGGGGGGAGGGAGUAGUUGGUAGUAAAGCUCUUCACCGUCAAAUCAAACCCUUUCCCGGUUUACAAUUUUCGCUCCCUCUUUUUAGUGCGACCAGAUACAUCUCCUUCUCUCUCUCUCGGAUUACUUAAUCGAUAGGGUUAGGGUUUCUCUGCUCUUUGAAAAGCCAUCGGCUCCCGUUUUGAUUGUCCUCAAUUCUUAUUCUCAUUGUUUUCAAUCUUCCUUCGGUUUUAGUAACUUGCUUUGCAUUUUGAGAGGAAUUGUUCCUCUACAACCAUGGAACGCAAGACAAUCGACUUGGACCAAGGAUGGGAUUUUAUGCAGAAAGGAAUCACAAAGCUGAAGAUUAUUCUGGAAGGAUCACUAGAGCAAAUCAGCUCAGAAGAAUAUAUGAUGCUUUACACGACUAUAUACAAUAUGUGUACACAGAAGGCCCCUCAUGAUUAUUCUCAGCAGCUUUAUGACAAGUACAGGGAGUCUUUUGAAGAUUAUAUUAAUUCCAUGGUGCUGCCAUCUAUACGAGAGAAGCAUGAUGAGUUUAUGCUGAGGGAGCUUGUGAAAAGAUGGUCUAACCAUAAACUUAUGGUUAGGUGGCUGUCACGCUUCUUUCAUUAUUUGGAUCGCUACUUUAUUGCUCGGAAGUCGCUUCCUCCUCUUAAUGAAGUUGGGCUGACUUGCUUCCGUGACCUGGUCUAUCAGGAAGUAUAUGAAAAAGCUAGAGAUGCUGUGAUUGUUCUUAUUGAUAAAGAACGUGAGGGAGAGCAGAUUGACAGGGUAUUGUUGAAGAAUGUUUUAGAUAUAUUUGUUGAGAUUGGAAUGGGUACAAUGGAUCGUUAUGAACAAGAUUUUGAAGCACGCAUGCUUCAAGAUACUGGUGCUUACUAUUCUCGUAAGGCAUCAAACUGGUUUUUGGAGGAUUCUUGUCCAGACUACAUGUUGAAGGCGGAGGAAUGCUUGAAGAAGGAGAUGGAUCGAGUUUCUCAUUAUUUGCAUUCAAGCAGUGAGCUAAAGUUAGUGGAGAAAGUGCAACAUGAGUUGUUGGUGGUCUUUGCAAACCAAUUUCUUGAAAAGAAGCAUUCUGGAUGCCUUGCAUUGCUUCGAGAUGACAAGGUGGAGGAUCUUUCAAGGAUGUAUAGGCUUAGCUUGGAACUUGUUGCUACCUUUUUCAAGCAGCCUAUUACUGCUGAAGGGACAGACUUGGUCCAGCAAGCUGAAGAUGCUGCAAAUAGCCUGGUUCUGCUUCUAUUGGCUGUGAAUGGUGGUGUACAGGAACAGGUUCUUGUGAGAAAAAUAAUUGAGCUGCAUGACAAAUAUAUGGCAUACGUGAAUGAUUGUUUUCAAAAUCACACCCUCUUUCACAAGGCCAUGAAAGAGGCUUUUGAGAUAUUCUGUAAUAAAACAGUUGCUGGCAGUUCAAGCGCAGAACUACUGUCAACUUUUUGUGAUAAUAUCCUCAAGAAGGGUGGAAGUGAGAAACUGAGCGAUGAAGCCAUAGAAGAAAUGCUGGAAAAGGUAGUAAAAUUGCUGGCGUAUAUCAGUGAUAAGGACCUUUUUGCUGAAUUCUACAGAAAGAAGCUUGCUCGGCGUCUUCUUUUUGACCGGAGUGCUAAUGAUGAUCAUGAAAGGAGUAUUCUUGCAAAACUGAAGCAGCAGUGUGGUGGGCAGUUCACUUCAAAGAUGGAGGGGAUGGUCACUGAUUUGACGCUGGCAAGGGAAAAUCAGACAAGCUUUGGGAAAUAUCUUGGCAAUAACCCGAAUGCACAUCCUGGGAUUGAUUUAACAGUUACUGUUCUUACAACUGGAUUUUGGCCCAGCUAUAAAUCCUCUGAUCUCAAUCUUCCAGCAGAGAUGGUCAGGGGUGUUGAAAUUUUCAAGGAAUUCUAUGAUCAAAAAAGCAAGCACCGGAAGCUAACAUGGAUCUAUUCAUUGGGGUCUUGCCGUCUCAAUGGCAAGUUUGAGCAAAAAACUAUUGAGCUGAUUGUGUCAACCUACCAGGCUGCUCUCCUGCUGCUUUUUAACUCUUCGGACAGGCUCAGUUAUUCUGAGAUUAUGACUCAGUUAAACUUGACCCAUGAUGACUUGGUUAGGGUGGUUCAUUCCUUGUCUUGUGCCAAGUACAAGAUCCUUACGAAGGAACCAAAUACAAAGACCAUUUCCCAAACAGACUACUUUGAAGUUAACCACAAGUUCACUGACAGAAUGAGAAGAAUCAAGAUUCCACUCCCCCCAGUAGAUGAAAGAAAGAAGGUUGUUGAAGACGUUGAUAAGUACAGGAGAUAUGCAAUUGAUGUUGCAAUUGUGCGCACAAUGAAGAGUCGGAAAGUUUUGGACCAUCAACAAUUAGUCUCAGAGUGUGUCGAGCAGUUGAGUCGCAUGUUCAAGCCUGACAUUAAGGCAAUUACGAAGCGAAUGGAAGAUCUGAUCACUCGAGACUACUUGGAGAGAGAUAAGGAGAACCCAAACAUGUUUAGGUACUUGGCAUAAUUCAACAAGCAGUACAGUUAUGGGCCUUUGGUUGAAAAUGGCAUGUUUUUGCUGAGAGGGAUCAGAAAGAGUAUAUAGUUGACAGCGACUUACAAUUUGCAAAUUGAUGUAAAUGAUGUAGUUGCAGUGUUUAUUUAGUAAUUUAAUGAUAUUAUAAGUCAACAGUGUCAGAAUUUUUUUUUUUAAUUUUUUUAUUUUGCCUUAAAAGCAGUUUUGGGCGAUGGUUAUCUUUCCAUCUUUUGUUGGAGAAAAAUUAAUAGAAGUAUCAAUUUUCCUUCGGCUUA